AUGGUUCGUGGAAACUUUAAAGCUCAGCAUGCUCGAUAUAGUAAACGUUCAACUGCUAAUGAAUUUGGAAUAGAGCCGAAGCAACUUCGGCAGUGGAUAAGCAAAAAAACAGAACUUAUAAAAUAUCCUGAACUCAAAGCUGAAUUACUUGAAUGGUUUCGAGAUGCUCAAGCUCAGCAAAAAACUAUAAGCCAAUUUAUGAUUCAAGCCAAAGCUUGCUCUCUAUGUGCUGCAUCCUGUUAUCAAGAAAAAUAUGGGGAUUGCAAAAUGCGAAAUUUUUAUAACCAAUGGAUGGACGAAGGAAUCAAAGAAUAUACUAAGACCAGCAGAAUGAAACGACCUUCUUAUCUUUUGGUUACUACUUGGGUAAAAGAGGCCUGGGAAACAAUUGAUGUUAAUAUAAUCAAAAAGUUCUUCAAAUAUUGUGGAAUUGCUAAUGCGAU